AUGUCCGCAGAGCACCCCGCCAAGAAAGUCAAAAUGUCUGCCAUCAAGAUUGGAACUCACAAUGGCCACUUCCACGCCGACGAGUCGCUGGCUGUCGCCAUGCUGAAGAACCUCGCGGCCUACGCCGAUGCUGAGCUCGUUCGCACGCGCGACCCAGCCCAGCUCGCAGAGUGCCACACAGUCGUCGACGUGGGCGGCGAGUACGACGACACCACCAAGCGCUACGACCACCACCAGCGCGGCUUCGACACGGUCUUCCCCGGCCACAGCACCAAGCUCUCCUCCGCCGGGCUGGUCUACCUCCACUUCGGCAAGGACAUCAUCUCCGCCCUCACCGGCCUGUCUGAGGGCGCCGACCGCGACCUUCUCUUCGAGAAGAUCUACACCGACUUCAUCGAGGCAUUCGAUGCCAAUGACAACGGCGUCAACGUCUUCUCGCCCAAGGAGGUUGAGAAGUCCGGGCUCCAGAAGCAGUUCGAGGACCGCGGCUUCAGCAUUGCCAGCGUUGUCAGCCGCUACAACUACGGGCCCUCCGCCGGUGAGGCCAGCACACCGGAAGAGAAGCAGGCGCGAGAGGACCAGCGCUUCCUGAAGGCGUCGCAGUUCGUUGGCGAGCAGUUUGCCAUCGAAGUCACCGACCGCGCCCAGUCAUGGCUCCCGGCGCGCCACAACGUCAAGGCCGCGUACGACGGCCGUCUGCAGUACGACCCCCAGGGUCGCAUCUUGGUCCUGCACGAGGGUAUGCCAUGGGCUGACCACCUCUACACCCUCGAGAAGGAGUCGCCACUCCCUCAAGGUGUCGCACCUCAGGUCUUGUACGUUCUCUUCCCCGAAGACAAGCCGGAGGGCAAGUGGCGCAUCCGCGCUGUGAGCAAGGAGAACGGCGGCUUCCAGAACCGCAAGGAUCUCCCUGAUGCCUGGAAGGGUGUCCGUGAUGCAGAGCUCGACAAGGUUUCUGGCAUCGAAGGAUGCGUUUUCGUCCACGCUGCCGGUUUCAUUGGAGGUAACAAGUCCUUCGAUGGCACCCUUGCCAUGGCCAAGAAGGCUCUUGAGCUGUAG